AUGACGGUCACCCUGCGAUCGAGCGACGACGAAACCUUCGUCGUCGACGACGACGUCGCCUUUCUGAGCGAAACGAUUAAGAGCAUCAUCGAGGACACCGAGGACGAGAGCAUGGUCCCGCUCCCGAACGUUUCGUCGAAAAUCUUGGCGAAAGUGAUCGAGUACGCAAAGUUUCACGUGGACGCGAAAAAGGCGAACGAGGCGGAGGCGAAGAUCAAAGAGUUCAAUACCGAAUUCGUCAAGGUGGACCAGGCGACGCUGUUUGAGAUCAUUCUGGCGGCGAAUUACUUGAACAUGAAAGGCUUGCUCGACUUGACGUGCAUGACGGUGGCGAACAUGAUGAAAGGGAAGACGCCGGAGGAGAUUCGAAAGACGUUUAACAUCAAGAAUGACUUCACGCCGGAGGAGGAGGAAGAAGUGCGGAAGGAGAACCAGUGGGCGUUCGAUUAG